GCAGCCAAUGGGGUCGCAGAGCAGCAGCUGGGGGGCGGGGUCGGAGGAGGAGAUGGGGGAGGGGCAGGAGGAUGAUGACGUCGACCUGAGGCGGGUCCUGGCCCUGCUGCUGGGCAGGGGCCGGGCCGGGCGGGACCCCCCGGAUGAGGAAGAGGAAGAGGAGGAGCCCUGGGGGUGGGGCAGCGCUGACGUCACGCCCCCGGCCCCGCCCCCCCCCGGACACGCGGGCGCUGGACGGGCACGAGCUGAAGGCUCAGCUCCUAUUGGCCCGCGGGAAAGGGGCGGGGCCGCGCCCCACCGAGGAGAACCUGCCCCGGCUGCUGCGGCUGCGCGAAUGGGGCCGGUGCCGCAACAGCAGCUUCUCCUAUGGGGAGCGAUCCCUGCUGAGCUCCUAUUUCCUGCCCAAUCACGAGGCUUUCGCCGACUCCUACCCCCAAAAGGCCUUUUGUGGUCUCUUCUCCCCCGAUGGCUCCAUCUUCGUCUCCGCCUGCCAAGACCACACGCUGCGCUUCUAUUGGUGGCGGGAGGGCGGCCGGCUCCGCCCCUUCCGCUGCUGCCGGGCGCGGGACGUGGGCUGGAGCGUCCUGGACGUCGCCUUCAGCCCCGACGGCGCCCACUGCCUCUACUGCAGCUGGUCCAACUACGUCCAUGUCUAUGACAUCUAUGGGGACGGAGAUACCCACACGGCGCUGGACUUGAGGCCGGAGGAGCGCCGCUUCGCUGUCUUCUCCUUGGCGGUGGGGCCGGAUGGACGGGAGGUGCUGGGGGGCGGCAGCGACGGCUGCAUCUACCUCUACGACCGUGAGGUCCAGCGGCGCACGCUGAAGGUGGAGGCCCACGAGGACGACGUGAACGCGGUGGCGCUGGCGGACGCGGGGGGGCAGCUCCUGCUCUCGGGGGGGGACGAUGGCGUCACCCGCGCCUGGGACCGGCGCUGCCUGGGGCAGGAUCGGGCCCGGCCCGUGGGGCUGCUCACGGGCCACCGCGACGGCGUCACCUUCCUGCACACCCGGGGGGACGGCCGCUACGUGGUGUCCAACUCGAAGGACCAGACGGCGAAGCUGUGGGACCUGCGGCGCCCGGCGGGGCCCGGCGGCCUCGAGGCCACGCGCCGGGCGGUGGCGCGCCAGAGCUGGGACUACCGCUGGCAGCGCGCGCCACGCAGAGCGCUGACGUCACCGCCGUUGCCGGGCGACAGCUCGCUGAUGACGUACCGCGGCCACGUGGUGCUGAACACGCUCCUGCGCUGCCGCCUGGCCCCGCCCUCUGGCGACGGCGGCGGCCAAUACCUGAGCGCCGGCUGCGCCACGGGGGCCGUGAUUGUCUAUGACGUGCUGACCGGGCGCCCCGUGCGGCGCCUGACCAAUCACAGCGGCUGCGUGCGUGACGUCAGCUGGCACCCGCAGGGCGGGGCCCUGGCCAGCGCCUCGUGGGACGGCUCCAUCCGCCUCUGGACUUACCAGGACCCACAGGACGAGCCAAUGGGGGAGCCCCAAGGGGGGGACCCCCCCUAAGCUCCGCCCCCUCCCUCCUGCCCCAUAGCGCGACCCACAAUAAACCUCUGUGACCCCCAAGUCA